AGGGCUUAUUUUCUGGUUAGGUCUUAUUUUGGGGGAAAUUCGGUAGUCUGUAGCUUGGUUCUCUACUCCCAUUCCCUUGUAGUAUGGUCAUUAGUGAGAGACCUCAUUGGGGACAGUGGAAGACAAGAUUUUCCAGGCCUCUGGAGGUCUGCCAGGGUUCAGAGCACAGUCACAGGGGGUUGGGUGGGGCCAGCUAUGUUUGAGCAACUGACCUGGCAACGGGGUGGACCUGACCAACAGCCUCUUCUGCCAUCUCUUAAGCAGGCAACCAUGGUUCCUCUGAGGCUCCUGGUGAUUCUUUUGGCUCUGGCUGUCUCUGGCCUCCAGCCUGAGUUUCUGCUCCUCACAGACCUCCACAGCCUGCCCUGGUUUGUAAAUGUCUCUGAGAGCAAGGGCCCCGGCACUGUCCUUCAGGCAUUCACCUUCAACUGCUCCUUCUACAUGCCCACCCUGGAGUUGCUAAGCGUGCAGCCACCCACCACCUUCUUCAACACACCCAGCCUUGCUGGGCGUGAUGGGAUCUAUGUGGGAAAGGUGACCUUAAGCAGCUCAGCCCGGCUGGAUGCCCUUGCAGUGAACCACUAUGAGCUGCAGCUGAAAUAUACAUGUGGCAACUUUGUGAUGCAGGGACCACUGUUUUUGGAUGUGCAUCGAGACCCUGGUCAUAUCCAGUGUGUUGGUAGAUUUGUUAGCCCAGCUGGGGAAAUCAUUCAGGUGCCGGAGACUGUCAGCCCCGGGGCCUUGCUGUACACCCUGCUUUUCCCAGGCCUGGAAGUCCAGGGAGCCCAGAUGAACAUUACCAGCGCCCAGGACCCUCCAUACUUUCCUGGACCUUUCUCUAUCAAUGAAAAGGGUUUGCUGCGGGUACCAUCCCAGGGCCUUAGAGGCCAGGCUCAAAAGGUCUUUCAGCUGCAGAUCUCAGUGACCUUUGGACAAGGCCAAAGCUGCAAAGGGACGCUGAUGGUGAAGGUUUUGCCUGGUCCCUCCAGCCAGGUCUCUUUCCUAAAGAAGACCCAGAAUAUCAUCAUACCUGAGAACCUUGUCCCUGGGAGCGAGGUGAUUCAGGUCCAGGCUACUGGCUUCGAUUUGCGCUAUGAAAUCUCCUCCCCGGUGCCCAGCCUGCUCUACUCCAUUGGACGUGCCGACGGGGUGGUCCGGACCACUGCAGCCCUGGAACUGUCAGGCACCUCAGACGCAGGGGGCACAAGACUACGCGUGAAGGCCUUUGAGCAGCUGCGGCCGUGGGCCAGUGCCGAGCUGGACCUCACCGUGAAUGUGCGGCCUGUCAACCGCUGGCCCCCACACUGCAGUCCCGCGCUCCUGGUGACCGAAGUCCCUGAGGCCACACCUGUGGGCACCGUGUUGAGCACCUUCAUGUGCACUGACCCAGACUCUGCUGAUACCAACCUCCACUACCAACUUCGGUUUCACAGCCCUUCCAAGCCUGCCAGCCUCUGUCUCUAUGACAGGGUCCUUGAGCCCCUCUCCCUCCUUAGUGCUCCAGAGCAGGGGACAUCUCCUUCCUCAGACCCCCAGGGCAAGGCUAGGUACACCCUAGCCAGCUCCUUGACUCUCAAAUGGCCCCCAGCUGAAGUGCCAGUACUGGUGAUGGUGACACCCGUGAAUGAGUUCUCCCCAGCCUGUGCCCCACGGACAUUCUGGGUUCGUGAGGAUGCACAGCCCUAUACCCUGCUGGGCUCUGUGGUGGGCACGGAUAUGGAUUAUCCCCGAAACAGCAUUGAGUACUACACCUCUGGUGGACCCACUGUCUUUGCUGUGGACCGUCUCUCUGGGGAAGUUCUCCUUCUGGGGCCUUUGGACUAUGAACAGCAGAAGUUGUACAGGCUCACUGUCCUGCUGAUUGACCAUGGGCAAGAUUGGGACCCCACCCACCGCCGUUCCAGUUCAUGUACCAUUACCAUUGAGGUUGAGGACGUGAAUGAUCAUGCCCCGGAGUGUGAGCCCCCAUUUCAGGAACUCACCAUCUCCACUCCCCUGGGCCAUGAUGUGGAGGUGACCAAAGUGUCCUGCCAGAUCCCCCAGGAGCCACAGCGUCUGGUCUUAUCCUACAGCAUUGUGGGAGGGAAUAGUCAGAGCCGAUUCAGACUGCAAGGGGCCAUCCUGGUUCAUAAUGAUCCUGUGUUGGGACCUCCUUGGCCACAGCAGCCCUGUACCUAUGAGCUAUUGAUCCGUGUGGCUGAUGCCGGUUCUUCCAUCUCCCACCUCAGCACAACGGCCACCAUCAUUGUGCAUCUACUUCCCUGGAGGGCCAGCACAAUAGCCACCAGCACUCACAGAGCUAUAGUGCCCUCAAUGAUGACACCCCUGCUUGUGACAGACACAGAGGUUUUCUGGCAGCCAGAGCCCUGGUUUGUGGUGGUACUGACAGUGACUAGUGCCCUUCUCCUCCUAGCUCUAGGCUGGCUUCUCAGCAAGCUGCUCCAGGGGCUGGCCCAGGUGCUGCAGGCACCAAGGAAACCAGGCCAGGCUCUGCUGCUAAAUAGUAUUCAAAGAAAAGAAAGAUCUAUGGAGGGGUUCAUGGAGACACCAAGAAUGGAGAUGUCCCAGGCACCCAGCAGCAUCCUAAACUUGGAGCAUUUUGAUGGCAAAGCACAGGGUGCUCGUGAGUACCUCCUUUUCCCAAAUCAUUUUCUUCCUGGGCCCUCAUCCCAUCCCAGAAUUUCCUCUACUGCCAAGCAGCCACCAUCUACAUUGUCUCUGAUGGGUCCACUCUCACCCUCAUUUAUCCUUCAGCCAAUCUUUGUCAAAAACUGAUAGGGCUACGAAAUGACUCAGACCUGGUCUGGUCCCUGCUUCCAGAGGUAGGGGCAAAGGUGGUGAGGGAGAGCUUUCCACAUACUCCAGUGUCACUAGUGAAUUAUGGCAGAGUAAUCUGGGACUGGCCAUAGAGAAACUGGUGUCCAGUUUUAGAUAAUCAAGACUUCCUGUGUGUUUGAGUCAGACCUUAGGGAAUUUUUCAAGAAGGGAGGAGACAUGUUGGAUUCCAGCAGAAAGGAGAUCACAUUGUGGGGCCCUUCCAGAAGGGGAGGGAAGAAGUUCUGCUGAGACUGCAGUGAUCUCUCUCCCCCGCCCCUCUUUCUUUCUGUGUCUGUCUGUCCAUGUGUCACCUGUGUUUCCCCCACCCCUCAUCAUCUGG